CUGCCUGCAAGGAGAGGGGCCUCUGCUCAGGCACCACCCAGCUCAGGAGCCGUCACCAGCCUUCCUCAGAGGAAGGACUCACCACCUCUUCCUUGGUGCAGCUUACACAUCCCAGCCUGUAGGAUUAAGAAAAUGCAACUUCAUCCUUAGAGAGCUUUGAGAUUUGUGGUUGGAAAGUGAAAUACUCAAGAUAGAAACAGCUUCCCAUAGGUGCUGAUUAUGGCUGCAAUUUAUCGAGCAGCGUAUAGAAGAGCUGCUCUCUUCUGCAGGUCACACUCCACCUAUAUUAGAAAAAUGAGAUACUUGAGUAAGCUAAAGGAAGAUGACAUCUUGUGUAGACAAGCCCAGACCUCAGGAACUUUCUACAUCUUUCACAAUUUCUCACCCUUCCUGCAGAAAGUCGGGAAGAAAUAUUUGAUACCACAGCUCAGUGCAGCAGAAAUGAAAAGGAUCCUGGAGAAAUUCAGAGAGACUGAACAGUGGAUAGAGAAGUCGGUGCUGAUUGGUUGUUCAGAUGAGCACGUACCACACUUUGCCCUGGAUUUAGCAGGAGCCUUGGAAAGAUCAGUCGUUGAGGCUGAGCUCAAGGGAUCGUUCACUGACUUACGAAAGGCUUUCUUUGUAGUGGAUGAGAAGGAUUCUUCUUUGCUGGCCUCGGCCCAGGCCCUUCUCCGCUGGCACGAUUCCCACCAGUACUGUAGCAAAACCGGGCAGCCGACUCAGAAAAACGUAGCUGGCAGCAAGCGCGUGUGCCAUGCCAGUGGAAUAACUUACCCACAGAUGUCUCCAGUAGUUAUCAUCUUGGUGUCUGACGGCAGCCGCUGCCUCCUUGCACGACAGGCUUCGUUUCCUCAGGGGAUGUACACCGCUCUGUCUGGCUUCUGUGACGUAGGUGAAGCUGUGGAGGAGGCAGCCCGGCGAGAAGUGGCAGAAGAGGUGGGCCUGGAGGUGGAGUCACUCUGGUAUUCAGCAUCCCAGCACUGGCCCUUCCCCAGCAGCUGCUUAAUGAUAGCUUGUCAUGCAUUGGUGAGGAGACAGCAGUUGGAGAUCAGUGUGAACAGCCUGGAGCUGGAGGAAGCCCGCUGGUUUGGCCUGGAAGAAAUCAUGGAGGGUCUCAAGCGAGAACCCAGAUCUGCAAAGCAAGACAAUGGAAGUUUUUUACCUUGGUUCCCUCCCAAGCAGGCCAUUGCUCACAAACUGAUCAACGAGUGGGUUAAGCAGCAGACUUCCCAGCCAACUCAGGUGCUAUGAAUUCAUUAAGCCUGUACCUCUACCAGGAUUACUAAUGCUUGACAUGAAAGCUUCCACAGCUGAAAUCUGUCAUACAGCAGAUGUAAUCUGAUGGCAAUCCUACAUUUGGAUACAGAGACCUACACAUUUCUGAUCAUCCUCAGACAACUUCUUGCACAGUGGAUCACCUUUGAGAUCCAUCAACUUGUAGUAAAUGCACAAUAAAAUUCUUUGUCCCAAGGCA